UUCUCCAGCAACAAAAAAAAAAAAAAAAAAAAAAACAGAAACAACAAAGAAGCAAUAAAACUUCGAUGAGCUUCCGGUUUUGAUUCUUUCUCUCCCAAAUCUCUCAAUCACAAAUUUUCACACGAAACCAAAUCCCUUUCCGUUUAGAUUUUAAUGCGAAGAAUAGUGAUUACGUCAUCAUAGAGAAUUCGCGGCGGAUUGAAAUGGCGCGAGGCGGCGGAAGCAUCGGCGGCGGCGUGGUGGAGUCGGCGGCGGCGGUGAUGGCUUAUAAUCUCAAGGACUCGUCGAGUUGGUGGCACGACGUCAAUGCCUCGCCGCUCUGGCAGGACCGAAUCUUCCACGGCCUCGCCGUCCUCUACGGCAUCGUCGCCGUCGUUGCUCUGGUUCAAUUGGUGAGGAUACAAGUGAGGGUGCCGGAGUACGGCUGGACCACGCAGAAGGUCUUCCACUUUCUCAAUUUCGUUGUCAAUGCAGUCCGAGCAGCAGUGUUCGUUUUUCGCCGGCAAGUGCAGAAGCUGCAUCCAGUGAUUGUCCAACAUGUACUGCUUGAUAUGCCGAGUCUGGCUUUCUUUACGACUUAUGCGCUUCUGGUUCUCUUCUGGGCUGAAAUCUACUAUCAGGCGCGUGCUGUCUCUACUGAUGGACUGAGACCGAGCUUCUUUACCAUCAAUGCUGCCGUAUAUGUAGUUCAGAUAACUAUGUGGUUGAUAUUCUGUUGGAAGCCUAUCCCAGUCGUGGUCAUCUUAUCUAAAAUGUUCUUUGCAGGUGUCUCUUUAUUUGCUGCCCUGGGAUUUCUUCUGUAUGGUGGAAGACUCUUUUUGAUGUUGCAGAGAUUUCCUGUGGAGUCAAAGGGAAGACGUAAGAAGCUGCAAGAGGUUGGCUAUGUGACAACCAUAUGUUUUACUUGUUUCCUUGUCAGAUGCGUGAUGAUGUGUUUAUGUGCAUUUGACAAAGCGGCAGACCUUGAUGUUUUAAAUCACCCAGUCCUAAACUUGAUAUAUUACUUGUUGGUGGAGAUAUUGCCUUCUUCUUUGGUUCUUUUCAUCCUGAGGAAGUUGCCUCCAAAGCGUGGGAUCACACAAUAUCAUCCUAUUCGCUGAGGGCAAAAAUAAAAUCAAGCAACUAAGGUGAGGCAGUUAUGAAUACAUCGGCUUUGAGAUACUUACCUACAUUGGAGGACAGAAAAAUCAUGAAGGGGCGACACAAAGUUGACCAUUCUGUGCUUUCAGGAACUGUUGUACUGGGAAAUUUCUAUUCCUAGCAGGGGUGGUAAAUAUGUUAAAAAGAAUUGACCUUUUAAGGAUUGUCUCGUAUGUGUUAGUAUCAUGGUCGUUUGUUUUGGAUGUCUUCAAAUCAUCCGAUUGGUGCUUUGUUGUUCAAACAGCGUCUGGUGCCAAAAAAAAAAAUUGUAUUUCUGUAUGUUUGGUAUAGAAGUAAUCAAUAACAUGUCUAUUGGUGCAACUGCUUUCACAACA